AUGCCCUUAUUCUUCAAUAAGUUUUCUCCCAAGAAGACGCCAACUAGGAAGGCGUCCAUUUUCCUAGCAAAUAAAAAUUUAAGUCCUAAACGGAUAGAGAAAGAACUCGGCCCAGAAGUGGGUCCAAUACGCCUCCGCCUUGGAGAUCAGGAAGCUGUUUUUGAGGAUGGUCUGUGGAUUCCAGAGUCUGGUAAGGUCGGAGGAACUUUCAAAGAGAAUGAAAAAUUAAAAAAAGAAGUGAGACGACUGGAGGAAGAGAAUAAUCUGUUAAAACUAAAGUUUGAUGUACUUUUAGACAUGUUAACACAAACAACUGCUGAAGUUCACUCACAAAAGGAAGAAUUAGAGAAAUUAAAAAAUUUUUCUCUUAACAAACGAGUUGUCGUUUGA